AUGAUCCGACUAGACUGGUGAGCAAGUGAGCGAUACAUUGGCCCUUUAAAUAUGCUAAAAAGGGAGGCCCCGAGAAAGAGAAACAUCAUGAGGAAGUCCGUCAUCCUUACCGUGUUCGCACUGGUUCUUAUCUCCGGUUUGGUCGAUCUCUCGAAAGGAGAUCCUUAUUUCUGCCGGAAAGAGAAGACGUACGACGGUGCGUGCAGCAAAGACGGGAGCUAUCAGUGCGCUCUCAAGUUCCUGAACGAUUUAGGGGCCAGAGCGAUGCCGCAGAAGUGCAUCUGUAUACCGAAAGCCAGCCAACAGCUUUGCAAUUGCCUUGUGGUUUGCCGGGAUAAUGUACCUGCCAAACCCAAUGCUUAGUUGUCUAUUGCCAUUUAUUUGUAGAUGCCAAGUUUGCACCAUCCUAUUGAGAUGG